AUGCAGAAAUCUCGGGCCGGCGAAAGAGGGGUGUGUGAGGGUCAGCGCCGAUGCAUUUCCCGGGAGAAGGAUCGAACCUCGACAACCAGCUCGAAUCUGCGACAUCCUGUCAUUCGCGACUGUUCUCUGAGUGCGGCACCCAAGAUCACCACUCCCUCCGCUGGCUUGGCGGCUGCCCGUGGCCACCAUACCUCAUCGGAGCUUCCGCGUUGUCUCGUUUUCGGGUUUACCCGAUUUGGAUAUCCGAUAGCCUGGCUUCCCGACUCCGUGUCACUGACGACGACGACCACCAAGACCAAGAUCGUGUGUGUCGCCAAGGCUGGCCGAUGA